AGCCAACUCACAUCGCAGCCCAGGUUUGAAAGCUCUGUCGCAGUGGAAGGCAAUACAGAACCUGCAACACCAAAACAACGAAAAAAAGAAAAAGGAAAGGACCUGAUGUGGCUGAAAGCUGGAGCGAAGGGACUCACCUGUCUCAGUGCGGUCGAUCAAGUGGACGACCACAAUUGCAUUCAUGUCUGAUACAGGCGAUAUACUGUCCGUUAGUUCUGAAGAAGAGCCCGAAUCUUGCCUCGGAGGCGUUAAGUUCCAGGGGGCUCUACUGUCCGACACCUUUGAUAAGGAACCACGUUGCGAACACAUUGAAGAUGAUGAUGAGGAGGAGGAGGAGACCGCGAGCUCUGUUGUCUCUGUCUAUGAUGGUGAUGAGAAUUCCGACGAAAUAGAUGUGUCGGAAUCCGGUGAUUGCGAAAUUGUCAGCGUUGAGGGCGCCCACGGUGAGGAGAAGUGGCGCGAUAUUCAUGGUCCCUUCAAAACGCUCAACGCACUCAUUCAAGCCGGCUACACUGACCCACGUAUGUUGCUCAUUCGAAUGUUUGGGCUGAGCCCGAAAGCCAUCCCACAAGAUGUGAGCGAACGAUGGGGAUUGCUACUCUCACUACUGAUGGAGCCCACACCGCGACCCCGCCUGAGUCACGUGAACACACUGGAAAAGGUUAUCGAACUGCUCUCCACUUGCCGUUGCAUUCUGGUCGUCACUGGUGCAGGGGUAUCCGUGUCUUGCGGCAUCCCGGAUUUCCGCUCUCGUGAUGGAAUCUACGCCCGCUUGGCUCAAGAUUACCCGGACUUGUCCAGUCCUCAAGCCAUGUUCGAUAUGUCCUACUUCAGCCAAAACCCCUCUCCGUUCUUUAAAUUUGCCAAGGAAAUAUUCCCUGGUCAGUUCACCCCAUCACUGACUCAUCGCUUUGUGGCGCUUUUGGAGUCCAAAAGAAAGUUACUACGGAAUUAUACCCAAAACAUUGAUACGCUGGAACAAGUAGCUGGUAUCACUCGGCUGAUACAAUGCCACGGUUCUUUUGCUACGGCUACAUGCACUACAUGCAGACACCGUGUCCCGGGAGAGUAUAUCAAGGAGUCGGUGUUCUCGCAGAAGAUCCCGUAUUGUCCACAGUGCCGCCCUUCGGAAUCGACGAUCAAGCUUAACGGCAUGGGUACGUGCUCGUCUGCUACCGAAUCUUCUUCACCUACGCUUGUAGUGACUAACGACAAGCACAUCACGAGGCGAAACGGUGAGAAAAUGUCAAACCUCUCUUUCGGGGUUCUCAAGCCCGACAUUGUGUUCUUUGGUGAGGACUUGUCCAGCGAGUUUCACGAUACGUUGGCGUCGGACGUCGAUAAAGCUGAUCUCGUCUUAGUCAUCGGCUCCUCCCUCAAAGUCCGCCCAGUUGCGCACAUUCCAAAUUCCAUCCCAGAAAGUGUGCCUCAGGUUUUGAUCAAUCGGGAGCCUCUUUCCAAUCAUGAUUUUGAUGUGGAACUGCUCGGCGACUGCGAUGUGAUUGUUACCGAGCUGUGCGCCCGUCUCGGUUGGGAGUUAUCUCCGGAGUCUGCCUCCAAACGCCUGACGUUGAUUCCAUUACAUGAUAUCAUGGGUGAACGGUCCAGAGGAGAUGCGGAUCAAAAGGCGCUUGCGUCGUCACAGAACGAGCCGUCGCUCCACACCGCCAACGGUCCGGUCGAUGUCAGUGAAGAGGCGAAGAAAGACGCGUCAUCCACCGAACCCGAGGCGUUCAUUGAGACGUCGGCAGAAGCUACCACACUCAACACAGCGCAGCGACCAAAGACGGAUGUUAUUGAAGUGGAUGAUUCGGACGAGGAGAGCCACUCGGACGAUCUAUGGGAUGUGGCAGCGUUUCUCCCUCCACACUCGUUCACACACGUUCCUCCAAAUCAGUACGUGUUUCCCGGUGCCGAGCUUUUUAUAAGUCAAUCCGAAUCCGCGGACUGUCCGUGUAGCAGCCAUUCCGAUUCGAAUAUCAUGUCUCCUGUGCAUCAUGAAGAAACUAUGACUCAUGCUCAAUUGGUUGCGAACACUCUGCCGAUGCGCGUCUCCACGGGGUUCAAUGCCGAGAACCGCUUGCUUCGCCGUCUCAUCCUUCAUGAGUCCGCUGCUGGUGGGUCACUUCAUCGAAUGCGAUGUUCAAACACUGAAGAGGACCCGCAGCACAUUGAUCAACUGGCCGGGGACCAUGAACCUCAAGACAGUUGCGCAUCUGGCCCGUCGUCUCAGUGCCGCGUCGUCGCCGAAUCUCCAACUCGCCAGCCACCAGAGUCCUCUGUCGUCGAUGCUCCAAACGAGCACCCCGCCCCUUCGUCUCCAACUUCGCCUCCUCAUCCGUCACCCGAAACGGCUAGCGCCCCAGAUUUGAAACGCGUCCGGACUGCUUCCCCUGAAAGGCAGCAGGACAGCGGGGAUCGAUGA